AUGGCUGAUAAUAAAAGUUUGAUAUUAACAUAUAUAUUUUCAUUAAUUGGUGGUCUUUUCGGUGUUCACCAUCUUUAUUUGGGUCGUACUCAACAUGCUUUAGUAUGGUUCACAACAUUUGGUGGUUUUGGUCAAUAUCUUACAUCAGUUUUUUAUGGUUUUAUAACAUAUUAUGCUUUUCCUGAUACAUGGCAUAAACAAUCUCUCUUAUCAUUAUUUAUUGGAUGUUGUACUGUAUUUGCUAUUGCUGUUGGUACACAAAUGAUGGGCACAAUUGGACCACGUCAAUGUUCAUUUAUGUGGCCGUUAUUAGGUGCAAUACUUGGUAUGCCUUUUAUCGUAUGGCGUUCGGAUUUAUCACCAUCUUUUAAUAUACCAGCAUUUUUAAGUUCUUGGAUUUUUGAAUGGAAAAUUGAAUGGAAUCCAACAUAUUUUUUUAAUGAAUCAGCAAUGAAAUCUAAUGAAUUACACUGUUCAAAAUUGUCAAAACGAAAAAGACGUCAUUUUAUUAAACGUUGUCUUAUAUUUGGAUUUGGUAUAAUUAUAUUUACUUCAAUAUUCACAACAGCUAUAUAUCAAAAUUUGCAAGUUGAUAUCAAAGGUCGACGUGUUCGAGUCAAAGAUGUUUUAAUAGAUUUUUUUAAAUCACAACAAUUUCUUUUAUUAUAUCAACAAUUAUUAAAUGUAUUACGACAAUUAUGGAGUUUUUAUUUAAAACAUGGUUUUAAAGGAAUAUGGACACAAAUAUGGAUGGCACUUGAUUCUGAAAGUGAAAGACAAGCAUUUGAGACACUUAAUAUUAGCUAUGAUGCUUCUCAAAAAACUAUUGAAACACAAUGUCGAACAUUAUCACGUCAAUGGCAUCCAGAUAAACAUCGGAAUCCUAAAGACAAAGCAAAAGCUGAAGCAAUAUUUAUGAAUAUUCAACAAGCAUGUGAUCGUUUAUCUAAUGAACGUAAACGUCGUCAGUUAAUUAAUACACAAAAACGUGAAAAUCCAUAUUGA